AUGUCCCCUUUUGAGCUCCUGAGUCUGUUUUUUAUUGCGAGCAAAGUUGAAGAAGACAAGGAGCCCAAAUAUGACAUCUCGGUGUACAAGAGGGGGGACCUGCUGGAAGUUCCCCGCACUCUCUUCACACAUUUCGGCAUAUAUUUGGGGGACAACAAAGUUGCUCACCUGAUACCUGACAUUUUGCCAGUACUUUCUAGCAACAAGGAGGCCAUUAAGAGGAUGGUGACCAACAACAGGCUGGUCUUAGGGGUUAUUGCCAAGGUGGCCAGCGUCAGAGUGGAUUCUGUGAAGGACUUCGCCUACGGGGCCGAGAUCCUGGUCAACCACACGGACAAGCUGUGCGGCCGGCGCCCAUUCAGCGGCGAUGAGGUGGCCAGGAGGGCUGAGAAGCUGUUGGGUACCAUUUCCUACAGCCUUCUCUGGUACAACUGUGAACAUUACGUCAUGUACUGCAGAUAUGGAAUCGCAGUCAGCUUUCAGACUUACCAGUUUUGCAAAAAGGUGCGGAAGAUUGUCUGCAGCAAAAAGACGGCAUUCGCCAGUGCCCUGUUAGGGAUCUGUGUGAUGCUGUAUCUCAGAUCCGUUUCAGCGUACACAACGCUUCCUACAGUGUUCAUCUCGUUCACCAUCUGGAUGGCGUCGUAGCCCUGUUUCUCACAGCAGCACUAAAAAUCAGAGGCAUCCAUCCAUCCAUAUGCCAGGACAUUACAUGCGAUUUUGAAAUGGACCUUAAAUACAUUUCAAAUACUUGAAGCACUAAUACAUUUUAGUGAGAAAUCCACACGGAAGGUGGGUGAUAUUUCAACUUAAACGUUGCAGCUCACAGCGUCAUGCUAUGAGCUGAGAUUUUAUUAUUUUUCUUUUUAUUACCAUCGCAAGAUGUUUGGAAUUAAUUUCUGGACUAUUUGAUUUUUUAAAUCAUUUUAAUAUGCCAAACGCAAAUUCAUAUUUUAACCCAAUAAACAUUUUUUGAUGUUUAAGGAAUUGGAGCUUUGUAAAAUUUCCUAUGGUGUCUGUGGAACUAUGAAUUGUA